AUGAACUUCUCCGGCAAGUACCAAGUGCAGAGCCACGAAAACUUUGAGGCCUUCAUGAAGGCAGUCGGUAUGCCUGAUGACCUCAUCCAGAAGAGGAAGGACAUCAAAGGGGUGUCAGAAAUCGUGCAAAACGGGAACCACUUCAAGUUCACCAUCAACACUGGCUCCAAAGUGAUCCAGAACGAGUUCACCUUGGGGGAGGAGUGUGAGAUGGAAUUCCUGACUGGGGAGAAGGUCAAGGCGGUGGUUCAGCUGGAAGGUGAGAAUAAACUGGUGACAACCCUCAAAGGCAUCAAGUCCGUGACUGAAUUCAACGGUGAUACAGUCACCAGCGUAAGUUGA